UAUAUAAAUAUUUGGAAAAUUGAAAAAAAAAAUCAAUAUUAAUGCACUCAGAUUGCCGUAGCUGAAACUUGCACAGAUGCCAGAAAGGAUGUCGUAUUUCAAGCUAAAGAUUAUCUUUGUAAACAUCAUUGCCAUAUUGUAUAAGGCGACAGCAUUGAAUGUUCAUCGCUUGCACUCGGACUUGCGUGAGGUCAAGGUGGUAGUCAACACGUCGAAACAGGAGAUCUGGAUACGACAAUUGUUCAUAUUCCUAAUUUCUACAUUGCUGCUAAUGCGGUUUCUCAUGUGCUUCGUGGGUCUAGCCUCGAACAUCAUUGCAAUCUAUCCUUUAUUAACCAAUUCGCAACCAGAGCUUCUCAUGCCCUCAAUCAUUAUGCAGAUCUUAGAUAAUGUGGCCUUAAACAUUUAUGAGAUUGUGCUGGGCUAUGCUUCUCUCAAAUAUCUGCAUCCCGAAAGCUUUGCUGUCUUUCUUGUAUUCCUUACGAAACUGAUUGUGAAGACCAGCUGCUGUGUAUCUGCGCUCAAUCUAUAUGCUGAGAAGCAUCAUCAGUUGACCACAGAGUCUGGCACUCUGGACAGCGAGUCGAAUGAAGAAUUCGAAAUUGAUCAACAGCAUUUUAUGACAAAUCCCAUCGCCGAAAGCGAGACAAAUUUGAGUGAACAUUAAUGAUAAGUAAAAGUAAAAUGUAGUGU